GCGCGGCAGAGCCGGUGAAUAAAACCAAGAUAAUCCCAACUGGGGCAAAAAUAGGCGGCUUGUCGGCCUAUUCGGCGCAGUGCGCGGUUUCAGAAAGCGGACGGUUUCCCAGCCAGCUAGGAGACUGCGACUAUGGCUCUGUGGUUGACCGUGGCCUUCAUCCUGGUUGUCCUGACACUUCUGAUUCGGUGGCGUAAGAAGAAGUUCUCCUAUUUCAAGGAACUGGGCAUUCCAGGACCAGAGCCCAACCUGCUGUGGGGGAAUCUCUGGGAGUACCAUUCCCUGGGGCUGCACAAAGCGCUGGAUAAGUGGUGCAGGGAAUACGGUGACAUCUGCGGGUUCUACAACGGCGACGUACCUUUUCUGCUCAUCAAGGACCUGGAUUUCCUCGAGUACGCUUGCAUCAAAAACUUCCAAAAUUUCACGGCCCGUGGGGUUACGAUGCGAACCGAUCAACAGCAUCCUAUCGUCGGCCAGAUGGUAAUUCAUGUGCGUGGGGACAAGUGGAGGAGAAUGCGUAGCUGCGUCACAUCUGGUUUUACGACCAGCAAGCUGAAACAGAUGGUCCCGCACAUCGCCGAGUCAGCGGAGGUGUUCAUGGAGAUGCUCGAGCCACACGCCGACACUGAGGAGGAGGUGAACCUGCGUCUGCAGUUCCAAGCGCUUUCUAUGGACUACAUCGGCCAGGCAGCCUUCGGCAUCGAGACGUGCUUCCAGCGUGAAGUUGACGAUAUCUUCUUCACGACAGCUCGUCGAGUGCUACCAGGAGUGAUGACGGGGCCUGCCCACAUGAUUGCACAAAGCACGACAACGUUGGGAAAAGCAAUGAAACCUUUCUACUGGUUCCUUGGUCAGUUCGGCUCUCUUACCUUCAAAGUGUUCUCUAAGGAGACCACCAAGAUGAUCGAAAUGCGGAAGGCUCAUCCUGAGCUUCGGAAGCCAGACAUCCUUCAAAAUUUAUUAGACGCUGAACUUGAGGACGAAGCACUGAGUGAAGCUGUGACCAAGAACGGAACGCAGCAAACCGCUGACGGAAUGAAAAAGAGGGUCCGGGCACUUUCACCGAGGGAAGUCAUUAUGAAUGCUACUUUGCUCUUCAUGGGAGGGUUCGAAACGACGUCGAUUGCUAUGUGUUACCUCACUUUCCUGCUCGCCAAACACCAGGACGUUCAAGAUAGGGUCAGGGAAGAAGUGAACGAGGCUGUCAGCGAAUCGGGCAAACUGGACUACGAGAUGCUUACGAAGAAGCUAAAGUACCUCAUCCAAGUCGUGGAGGAAGGGCUCAGGCUCUACCCACCUGCUGUGGUUGCGACGUCGCGGCAAGCUGAAGAAGACUUCGAGUGGAGGGGCAUGAAGUUCAAGGCAGGCACAUGCAUUAUGUCUCCAACGUUCCAGCUGCACAGAGAUCCCCGCUAUUGGGUUGAUCCAGACACCUUUGAUCCCGAGAGGUUCAGCCCCGAGAAUGAGCCUUCCAUCCACAAGAUGGCGUUUCAACCCUUCGGCGUGGGGCCACGACACUGCGUGGGUUUUCAGAUGGCCCGCUUGGAGCUGCGCUACACCCUCGCCAGACUUGUUCAGCGCUAUCGGGUCGAACUUGGUGAAUCUCAGAAGGGAGAAAUGAGAAUGGGUGGCUACGCCAUGAUUUCUGCACCAGAAAAUGGACCCUGGCUCAAGUUCUACAAGUUGGAAGAAGCUCUCAAGGGCAUCCCGAAGGAAGGAGAACACCUCCUGCUCGCACUCAACCUAAAAGGGGCCUUCGAUAACAUCUCUCACGAGGCCAAUCUCAAGGGACUCACCGACAUCAGCUGCGGGGAGCGCAUGUUUAAUUACGUUAAAUCGUUCCUCAUGGCGACCAUCCGAAUUGGCCAGACUCGAUCGGAUACGAUCAACGUGCCGAACAAAGGAACACCACAAGGGGCCAUAGUCUCCCCGAUCCUCUUCAACGUCGCGAUGCUAGCGCUGACCAAAGAGCUGCGCAAGAUCCCUGACCUAGGAUACGCCCUGGGAGCCUUCGCUCUCGCCCAGAGAUCUGGACUUCAUACCGACGCUGUUUGUGAACACGGACUAGUUCAAAAAAUGGAUGCCGCCGACCCCUACGUUCGUACCGCGACGUGUUCUAGGAGGAAGACAGGCGUCCCACAAAGAGAAGAGCCGACCGCCAUGAAUUGGGCACCAAUGUGGUUCUACAUAAAAAUCUCGGUUUGGACGACGAUCGUAGCAGCUCUAGUCUACGGCCUUCUCAGACUGUUCAGAUGGCGCCAGAAGACGUUCUCUUACUUCAAAGAAAUCGGAAUAGACGGCCCGAAGCCCAACUUGCUCUGGGGAAACUUAGCUGAAUACCACGGAAAGGGUCUCGUGAAAGCCCUGACCGAAUGGUGCGACAAGUAUGGAGACGUGUUCGGCUUCUACAACGGCGACGUGCCAACGCUGGUGAUCAAGGACAUCGACUUCCUCACCCAUAUUUUUGUGAAAAACUUCCAAGAUUUCACAAGCAGAGGGGUGACCAUGAGGACGGACGAAGAGCACAGCUUCCUGGGACAAAGUCUCCUCCAUGCCCGUGGGCUUCAAUGGAAGCGCACUCGCAGCUGCGUUUCCUACGCAUUCACCGCCAAUAAGUUCAAGCAGAUGGUUCCGUACAUGUCUCAAGUGGCCGACAUAUUCGUCCAAAUACUGGGCGAGAAGGCGGACGAUGGCAAAGAGUACCCGAUGCUGCGUCUCUUCCAAGGCCUGACCAUGGACUACGUGGGUCGGGCUGCGUUCGGCUUCGACUGCACUUUUCAGCGCGAGCUUACGCAUCCGUUCCUGAAGACAGCGCAGAGCGUGCUGCCCGGCGUCAUGACCGGACCUGUGCACAUGCUUGCCCAUAGUACAACAACGAUGUCCAAGUACAUCGCGCCAAUACUUUGGCUGAACGAGAAGAUUGGCUCAUUCACGUAUGAUAUAUUCAACAAACACACAUCAAAGGUGGUUCAGCUUCGCAUGAAAAAUCCCGAGGCGAGGAAGCCGGACAUGCUGCAGACGAUGCUUGAUGUUGAGAGUGAGGAAGGAGAGCUGCCGGAAGCACCCCAACUUCUUGAUGCUGACGCCAAGCUUUUCAAAAGAAUGAGUCCAGAAGAAGUUGGCAUCAAUACUACCAUUCUAUUCAUCGCUGGCUUCGAGACAACAGCCACAGGGCUAAGCUACCUCGCCUACGUUCUUGCCAAGCAUCAGGACAUCCAGGAAAAUGUCCGCGAGGAAGUGAAGUCUGUUAUUGCACGCUAUGGAGAACUGGAUUACACGGCAAUAUCGCAAGGCUUAAAAUACUUGGCCAGAGUUGUGGACGAGACUCUUCGCAUGUUCCCGCCCGUCGUAACUUUCACAACCCGAAGCGCAAUAAACGACUUUGAGUACAACGGCAUCAAGUACAAGGCGGGCACAAGCAUUUUAUCGCCAACUAUUCAGAUCCAUAUGGACCCUCGCAUCUGGCCGGAGCCAGAAACGUUUGACCCCGACAGGUUUUUGCCGGAGAACGUUGCUGCGAGGCCCACAAUCGCAUACCAGCCAUUCGGUGAUGGCCCACGGAACUGCAUCGGCAAGCGUCUAGCACUUCUGGAAAUCAUAUACACGGGUGCAAGAAUGGUCGACAAAUUCAAGCUGACAUUGGGAGAGUCUCAGAAGGGUCAUAUGAAUAUGGACUAUCAUGCCAUGGUCUCAUCGCCUGGUGACGGCCCCUACAUUGUCUUUCAACGACUUUGAUCAAAUAGGGUCAACAACAAUCUGCACCCAUAUGUACAACACGUUUAAAUUUGGUUAAGGACACAAAUAGGCAUAUUUGCCAACAUGUCAGUGUCAAAAUUUGUAAAAUCUUUCAUACACGACAAUGACCGACCAAAGGGGCAAGGAGGGCGAGCAGGUAUUUUUUUAAAAGCGCACUGCUAAAGAAAAUAUUAAGUUCGGAUAGAUUGAAACACUAGGCUUCUGUGAUGAGGAUUUCGUAAUUCGUAGUGGGAACAGCAUUUUUGUAAGCAAGAAAAAUACCUAAUUUAAAAUCAGUGUGGCACCUCCUGUGGCAAACUGUGAUACCUUUCAUGUGACAUCAGCGCUGGCUGAUUCACAGAGAACAGCGGAGAAAGAGAUCACGUGGAUAUGCGUCAACUGAACCGUUUGGCUUCAGCGGUUCUAAUUGAGAAGCAAAGGGGUGCCUUUGGCGACAAUUUCCUACCCAACUAUGUUGUACACUUACACAUGAUAAACAUCAAAACAACUAAUCCAUCUAUCCAGCUCGACUUACUGUUUUCCUUUAGCGUGAAAUUAAAUGUAUGCCCUGAGAGCACGCCUUGUGUAGAAUGCAUACACACUUCAAUCACCAUGAUUUAGAUUCAAACUCAGCACACAAGCAUCAGCAGACUUUGAACAGCAAAGCCUGACAAGCAACGCAUAGUGUUUAGAUGCCGGUGACAUUUUAGGGACAUUUAGGCGUCCAAUUUCCCCUACUUCAGGACGUUUUCUGAAUAAACUCGCUUGAAGCAAG